GUAAUUCCGAAAUAAGAUUUGAAUUUACAAAGGUUUAAGUAAUAUAUUCAGAUAAAAAAACAUAUUGUUUUCCUUUCAUUUUUUAUUAAUAGAAAAAAGUGAUAAAAGGGAAAUACAAAAACAAACAGCUUGACACUUCCUAAGAUCCUUAUUUUAAGGGAAAAUAACAAAAUAAAAAAGAGAAAAAAAAAAAAAAGGAAAAGAAACAAACGGAACUGAAAUCAUACAUUUAAAUGUAUCCUAAUUUUAAACCUCGCGCACGAUACGGAACAUAAAAAAAGAGAAACAGAGGAACCCUAGAGAGAGAAUCCUUAAACGGGAAAAACAGAGGGAUAGAGAUAGAGAAACAAAAAGGCCAUCUCAACCAAAAAAAAAAAAAAAAGAAAGACGCAAUUUGUCGAAAGUGAAGUGAAUUAGAACAUAAAAUCAUUGAAACGUAAUCGAUCUAACUAAUUCGUUUUCAGGAUCUUAUUGCAAUUCUGAAAGAUGUCUCCAGCAUCAAAAUCCAAAAAGUCCAAGGAUAAGGCCUCAGCAAAGGCUGCUAAGGAACAGCAGAAAGCAUCUAGUAAGUCUUCUGGGUCUACUAACACUGUAAGUGGUAGUCCAGCAAGUGCAUACAAUCCUCUAUCUGGGACAUUUCAUACGUUAGAGAUACCGUCAGCUGCUUCUUCCCCACCCUUCCAUGAUAAUGGUCGUUUCAGAAAUAUAGAUGAUACAGAUGAGCAUUCUAGUAGUCCACAUGGAACAGUUUCUGAAUACGAUUCUGUUUCAAACAAUGGGAGUUGCUCUGGUGAAUCAGAAGACCCGAAAGAGAAGAUUUUUCGUCAGGAUACUGUACCUGGUCUAGACAACGACAGACGAGAGAAGAUCCGGCUGAAAAAUGAGAAGAAGCAUCAGCGUCAGAGGGAGAGGCGGGCACAAGAGUUGCAUGAGCGUUGCAGUGGAUUUCUGAUGUCUAGAAAAUUAGAAUCCCUUUCUCAGCAGCUCGUGGCAAUGGGGUUUUCUCAUGAACGGGCAACCUUGGCCCUUGUUUUGAAUGAGGGCAGGGUAGAACAAUCAGUAAACUGGCUGUUUGAGGGGAAUGAAGAGGAAGCUCGUAACAAGGACACUAAACGUGGAAGCAGUGGUAACUUAAAAAUUGAUAUUAGUGAUGAGCUUGCUCAGCUCUCAACAUUGGAAGUGAGGUACAAAUGCUCAAGACAGGAGGUCGAAAGAGCUGUUGUUGCUUGUGAAGGUGAUCUUCUGAAGGCAGAAGAGAUCAUACAAGCACAAAAGCAGGAACCACCUGCCACUCCACCGCAAGAGGAAACUGUUGAUGCCAAUAAUAUGAAGAGACCACAAGAAAAGCCUAUGUCAUCAGCUUCAGUCACAAUACAACAGAAAAGAAAUGACCGUGAUUUUAAUUACAGCAAAGCGGCAAUUUCUGUGUCAACAUAUUCAGAACCUGGGAGUCGAAAUUUGCAGUCUAUAAAUCAGCCCAAGUCACUGGCAGAAAGGAGGUGGACAGCAGGUUCAAGCUCUUCCUUUUCAUCAUCUAUGGUGCCACCUAUGCAAGUACAACUUCCAGCAGGAAAAUUAGAGGUUGGUGUUUCUGGAAAUGAAGGGAAAAAUCAUCAGCAAAUACUGAGGGAACCAGUAGUUGUGAUGCAGCGUCCCCAAUCCAUAAAUGCCAAGCAAAAUGAAGUCCCUAGUAUAACCUAUCCUGUUGUCACAGCUGGAUGGUAUUCAAAUAUUGUACCUGGUAUUGAAAAUGUAAGGUCCAAUGGGAAGUUACUUUCAAGUCAGAAUACAGGCAGCUUUGGUUUGGUAAAUCAAAGUGCAGAGCAAUUUUACCAUCCAGCUUCAUACAAAGAAAGCUCCUUGCUGCUUAAUGGGCCAGUGGACCCUGCAUCAGCAGGGUUGGGAGGUUCAUGGAGCUCGAUGGGUAAACAUCCUUCACUUGCAGCUCCAUAUGUGCCCCGGGGUUCAUAUGGUAUAGCAAGUGUAUCUUCACCUUCACUAGCAGCUCCAUCCUCACUUGGUCUAUUUACUGGGGUAGGGUCCUCUGGGACUUUAGGUACAUCCCAUGUGGAUUGGAAUAAUGGAGGCUCGAUGCCCGAGUUUGACUACACCAGUAUAGAUUGGACUUUGGAUACAAACCUGUCAUCCUCUAAGCGGGGGCUGUGGCUGGGUCUUUCUUCAUUGUUGAGCGACAGAUCUGGCGCAAGGAUGAACAGUAUGAAUAGUUCCUGCAUAUCAGGGUUACGGGAAGCUGGGGCAGCUAAAGAAAUGGCUUCUUCUGUUGGUUUGCGUGAGUGGACGUCUCCUUUUGCAGGGAAGGACAUAUUUAGUCUGCCUAGGCAGUUUGUCACUUCUCCAUCUCCAUAGGAACUAGGGAUAGUACUUUGGAGUGGGGGAAGAAAUGAAAGCAAUGGGGCUGGCUGGUGUAGUGGAUGGAUGCAUGUUGGUUGUUAUUUCUUGUUUUUAAGUCGUAAAUGCAUCUACUAGCUUUUCUGGCUUUGAUGCUUCUUCCUUUUCUUUA